AUGGUGCACCGGGACGGGGUACCAGGACAGUGUAUUGGGGUGGGGUACCGGGAUGGUGCAGUGGGACUGUGCAGUGGGACAGUGCACCAGGACGGUGACCCUGUGCACCGGGAUGGCCUGACGGAGGACGAAGACAUCCAGCGGAUGCUGCGGGGCUCCCUGCUCCGGAAGAUCAAGUCCCGGGGGGGGCCCAGGGAGCGGCUCUUCUGCCUGCAGGAGGACGGGGCGACCAUCUGCUUCGAGGGGGGCUUCAGGCACGCUCGCUCCCAGCAGAGCUUCUCGGUGAUGCACAUUGAGGGGGUGCGCGAGGGACACCAGUCAGAGGGUCUGCGCAAGCACGGUGCCGCCUUUCCCGCGCGGCACUGCUUCACCCUCGUCUUCAAGGGCAAGCGCAAGAACCUUGACCUGGCUGCCCGGAGUGAGGAUGAUGCCCGCCACUGGGUGCAAGGGCUCACCAAGCUGAUGGGGCGCCUGCAAGCCAUGAGUCAAACGGAGAAGCUCGACCACUGGAUCCACGGAGUCCUGCAGCGAGCAGACAGGAACAAGGACAACAAGAUGUCCUUCCGGGAGGUGAAGAGCAUGCUGAGGAUGAUCAACAUUGACAUGGAUGAUGUCUACGCCUACAAGCUCUUCAAGGAGUGCGACCACUCAGGCAAUGAGCGGCUGGAGGGCCGGGAGCUGGAGGAGUUUUGCCGACGGCUGCUGCGGCGGCCGGAGCUGGAGGAGCUUUUCGGGCGUUACUCGGGCGAAGACCAUGUCUUAUCGGCUGAGGAGCUGCGGGAUUUCCUACGGGAUCAGGGCGAGGAUGCCAGCCUGGACCAGGCCCGUGCCAUCAUCCGUACCUACGAGCUCAACGAGAAGGCCAGGCAGCAGGACCUGAUGAUGCUGGAUGGCUUCAUGAUGUACCUCCUCUCGGCUGCCGGUGACAUCCUCAACCAGGAGCACACCAAGGUGCACCAGGACAUGAGCCAGCCCCUGUGCCACUACUUCAUCUCCUCCUCCCACAACACCUACCUGACCCGCAACCAGAUCGGUGGCACCAGCAGCACUGAAGCCUAUGUCAGGGCACUGAUGGCGGGAUGCCGUUGCGUGGAGCUGGACUGCUGGGAGGGCUCCGACGGGGAACCCGUCGUCUACCAUGGCCACACGCUCACCUCCAAAAUCCUCUUCCGCGAUGUCAUUGAGAGCAUCCAUGACUACGCCUUCAAGCAAUCGCCCUACCCUGUCAUUCUGUCCCUGGAGAACCACUGUGGGCUGGAGCAGCAGGCCACCAUGGCCCGGCACAUGAAGGCCAUCCUGGGGGACAUGCUGCUAACACAGCCGCUGGAGGGGCAGGACCCCCAUCACCUCCCGUCCCCAGAGCAGCUGAAGGGGAAGGUCCUGGUGAAAGGCAAGAAGCUGCCAGAGCCAUGGCAUGAGCCCCAGGGUGUCACCUCUCUUCCGGACCCUGAGGAGGAGGAAGAGGAGGAGGAGGAAGAGGAAGAGGAUGAGAAGCUGCAGGGGAAAAGCAGCCGGCAGUCGCUGCAGUCGCUGCAGGAGAUCAAACCUUUGCAGGCCAAGGACGCAUCACAGGUGGCCCCAGAGCUGUCAGCCAUGGUGGUGUACUGCCAGGCUGUCCCCUUCCCUGGCCUGGCCCACGCCCUGCGCCACCCCCGGCCCUGUGAGAUGUCAUCCUUCAGUGAGAGGAAGGCUCGGAAGCUCAUCAAGGAGGCAGGCCCGGCCUUGGUCCGGUACAACGCCCAGCAGCUCAGCCGCAUCUACCCGCUGGGGCUGAAGAUGAACUCCUCCAACUACAACCCCCAGGAGAUGUGGAACGCUGGCUGCCAGCUGGUGGCCCUCAACUUCCAGACGCCGGGCUAUGAGAUGGACCUGAACGCCGGGCGCUUCCUGAGCAACGGGUGCUGUGGUUAUGUGCUGAAGCCCCCCUGCCUGCGCAGCCCCCCCGGAGAGGUGCCCCAACGCCUGGCGCUGCACAUCAGGGUGAGGACUGCCCAACCCUGUCCCCGCACCCAGCCAUGUGCCACACGGGUCCCUUCUCCUGGGGCCCGCCCCCCCGGCAUCCCGGCUGACUGCAGCAAGCAGCAGACCCACCACAAGCUCAACAACGGNNNNAACCCGCGCUGGGAGGAGACGCUGAGUUUCCAGCUGCGGGCACCCGAGCUGGCCCUGGUGCGCUUCGUGGUGGAGGACUACGACAGCACCUCCUGCAAUGACUUCGUGGGCCAGUUCACCCUGCCCCUGGCCAGCAUGAGGGAAGGGUAUCGUCACAUCCAUCUGCUCUCCAAGGACCGCGCGUCCCUGUCCCCUGCUACGCUCUUUGUGCACGUCCGAUGCAAGACCCUGUGA